CAGAGGGCGGCGCCUGGCAAACUCGCGCGUUGAUUGGAAGAGAUCCGACCUGCCAGCGGGGAGGAGAAGAGGGGGAAAGUGCGCUGCCGGGACGGGGUGUCCGAGAUGGCGGCUGCGGAGCGGGAGGACGAGGCGGAAAGGCGAAGCAUCAGAGAGGCGGCCAGAGCGCGCCUGAGGGAGCACGACGUCGGCGGGAGGUUCUCCGGGCUGCCGCUGCCCAAGGCGUCCGUGCUGCUGCCGCUGGUGGUGCGGGGCGGCGCGCUGUGCCUGCUGCUCACCGUCCGGUCCAUGCAGCUGAGAAGAUCACCAGGCCAAGUGUGUUUUCCAGGAGGUAAAAGUGAAGCAGAAGAUAAAGAUGAAAUUGAUACUGCUCUCAGAGAAGCCAAAGAAGAAAUAGGACUCCAGCCAGAGGAGGUGGAAGUCAUCUGUAGGCUUGUGCCUGGGAUUGAUAAAAUGAAUCAUUUGGUAACGCCAGUUGUAGGAUUUAUAGAGGAUACAUUCCAGGCCACUCCAAAUCCAGAUGAAGUGAGCGAUGUUUUUGUGGUGCCACUGGAAUAUUUCAUCAAGCCCUUAAAUUACAUGACCUUGCCUUAUAAGACUUCAUCAGGUCACUUAAGUCAGAUGCAUUGCUUUACAUAUGAUGACCAUGCACAUAAAAUGUCAUUCAAGAUAUGGGGACUUACUGCACACUUUGCUGUAUUUCUUGCUCUUGUAAUUUUUGGAAGGAAACCUACCUUUGAAGUUGAUUAUGAUCUUGACAACUUAAUUUCAUCUGCUGUGCAGAACUUCAUGAAUUUGUAUGCAUCAGUACAUGAAAGGAAGAAAAGUAAUCUAUGAGAUACUGGACUGCCAAUUAAUGAAACUUAAUGAAAUUGGUGAAAAAGAAAAGUUUUGGUUUAUUUUCUUUGUACCUGUUAUUUGAUUUAAUUUCACAUUUGCAUUUUUCUGAACUGGGAACUUUAAUUGGGUUUUUAAAAGUUCUGGUAAGUUAACAAGCCCUAAUUAGAUUCAUGUAAUUACUGUGUCUGUAUUAGGGUUGUCAAAAGCAUGCAAUAUUUUUGAUGGACUCGCAGUUAAUAUACUGACUUGCAAGAUACAGGUUCAAUUUCUGCCUUUGUCUUGUGUGAUUUAAGAUCAUCUUUCUCCGAUUUGCCUUUCUUUUGUAAAAUGAGAUAAUACUGCUGUUUUUCUCUACCAUUUAUCUGUUUGAAUUGGAAUAUAAAAAUUUUGGAAGAUCUGUCUAUCUCUUACUCUGUGACGUACCACAUGUGGCAUAAUAGAUACAGUCUUGUUUAGUAUCUUUAAACACUGUUAUGAAAAACACAAUAAAAAUAUAGAAGGUGA